AUGGAUGCCUCGAAUACUGCUGCACAGAAGGUUGAUGAUGCUCCAAGGCCGGAACCUAUGCUAAGCUCUUUUUCAACUUCUUUAAUCGAGCAUGGAAGUACACCUCUCGUGGAGAAACCCUCUGAUGACUUCUUGCACUCAAAAUCUAACAUCGAACCUACGCAUCUCUUGAAGGUUGAAGGCACAUCAAAGCCCGAGCCUAUGUUGAGCAUCCCUGAUACAACUCAUCUGGACGAGGAAGGAAUUACACCUCUUUUGGAGCUUCCCUUUUAUCACUUGCAGCUCUCAAAAGCUCACGUGGGACCUACAUAUCAAAUGAGCUUUCCACCGAGUUUGGAUUCUAGACUGCCUUCUACAACAGUUCCAGCGAUCAUAAAAUGCUUUGGCAAAACGUGGGAGGUAAAAUUCUGUGGGGAUACAACACCAAAAGGCUUUGAUUCGAGUUGGAGAAAGUUCGUGGAUGAUAACAAUUUAGUGGUUGGUGAUGCACUAAUUUUUGAGCUCUUGGAAAUCAGCUUUGUAAAAGUAAUGUUUAAAGUUCAAUUUCUAAGAUGUGCAAUUCCACCAGAUGUGCUAGAAGUGAUAAAUAAGAGUAGAGCUGAACGUCAAGUGAUCACUAUUGAUGACGAGUAG